UGGGAAAAGGGAGCAGUGGAGACCGAAGCAGCCGAGAGAGGGACUCAGUCUCACCCAGCGGCGCCCUCACACAACUGCAGCAGGAUUUUGAACUACCUCGUGUAACAAUGGUGCUAUGGUUGUUGCCUGUGUAUCAACAUUUCUAUAUGAUGGAAAGAGAUUCCUGACAGGUAGUGCAGGAGGGAUGAAUUUUACAUUCUCCAGGCUUCAGGCUUUGCGGUAGAAGUUACCAACGCUGUGGCAAGCGCCGGACGGCUGCGGACAACUCGGACCACUUGAAAAGAAAACAGGAAGAUCCUGAACAUCAGGAAGCAUGAAGGAAGGAAAUACUUCUUACAGGAACAGCUAAACAAAGAUCGGAACAGUGAUCGAAAACAACCUGGCAAGACAAUAACACAUCUAAGGAGGGGGGAGGAAUCCGGACUACGAGGAGGGAGGAAGCCGAGAAGACCAGGAGAAAGUGGACAAGUUGUUGGGCUGUGUCGCUUGUGGGCAAAGGUGAAUGAGAAGGAGCAGCUGAGGAGUCUGUUUGAGAGAGGAGGAGGAGGAGGAGCGCUCCGCUGAGGGGAAACCACCGCUGUAUUCCCCCCCAGCGCUAACAGGACAGGAUGAGGUAUCAAGGCAGGGAGGUGGAUGAGGGACGAGUGCGCCUGAUGAUGGAGAGCGCCCUCACAGCCCGGGACAGGGUCGGAGUGCAGGACUUUGUCCUGCUGGAAAACUACAACAGCGAGGCCACCUUCAUAGAGAACCUGCGGAGACGCUUCAGGGAAAACCUCAUCUAUACAUAUAUCGGCUCGGUGCUGGUGUCAGUGAACCCAUACAAGGAGCUGGAGAUUUACUCCAAGCAGCAGAUGGAGCGUUACCGAGGUGUCAGCUUCUAUGAAAUAUCUCCUCACAUCUAUGCUAUAUCAGACAACACAUACCGGGCCAUGCGAACAGAGAGGAGGGAUCAGUGUAUCCUCAUAUCAGGUGAGAGUGGGGCAGGUAAGACAGAGGCCUCCAAGAAGAUCCUCCUCUACUUCGCCGUCACCUGCCCCACUAAUGAUCACAUGCUGACCCUCGGUGACCGUCUGCUGCAGUCCAACCCUGUCCUGGAGGCUUUUGGUAAUGCCAAAACACUGAGAAAUGACAACUCCAGCCGCUUUGGGAAAUACAUGGAUAUCCAGUUUGACUUCAAAGGUGCAACAAUGGGUGGUCAUAUUCUGAAUUACCUGCUGGAGAAAUCCCGGGUGGUGCACCAGAACCACGGGGAAAGAAAUUUCCACAUCUUCUAUCAGCUCCUCGAUGGAGGAGACAAUGAUCUGCUCAACACGCUGAACCUAGAGAGGAACCCUCACAGCUACCGCUACCUGGUUAAAGGAAGCUGUCCAAGAGUGAGCUCCAUAAGUGACAAGAACAACUGGAGAGUUGUGAGGAAGGCCCUGGACGUGAUCGGCUUCACCGCAGAGGAAGUGCAGAAACUGCUGAACAUCAUCGCCAGUGUUCUCCAUCUGGGCAACACUCUCUUCGGGGAAGGAGAGGAAGGAGAAACUUAUAUCACCACUGAGACCCAGCUAUCAAAUGCUGCAAAGCUGCUGGGUGUCGAUGGCUCCGCCCUGAAGGAGGCCCUCACUCACAAGAAACUCACAGCCAAAGGAGAGGAGAUGAUCAGCCCACUAAAUUUUGAACAGGCAGUCUCGGCCCGUGACGCUUUGGCGAAGGCCGUGUACGGCCGGACCUUUAAUUGGUUGGUGGAGAAGAUCAACCAGUCACUCACUCUGAAGGCAGAAAUCCACCACAGCAGCAAAGACGCCUCGAUCAUUGGGCUUCUUGAUAUCUACGGAUUUGAGGUCCUGCAGCACAACAGUUUUGAGCAGUUCUGCAUCAACUACUGCAAUGAGAAGCUGCAGCAGCUCUUCAUAGAGCUCACCCUCAGAUCCGAGCAGGAGGAGUAUGAGACGGAAGGAAUUGCCUGGGAGACGGUGCAGUACUUCGACAACAAGAUCAUUUGUGACCUGAUAGAGGAGAAGCACAAAGGCAUCAUCUCCAUUCUGGACGAGGAGUGCCUGAGACCGGGAGAGACUGGUGAUAUUUCCUUUUUGGAGAAGCUGGAGGACACAGUUGGCGGCCAUCCACAUUUUAUUACGCACAAGUUGGCGAAUGGAAAAACUCGCAGGGUAAUGAGCAGGGAGGAGUUCAGGCUGCUGCACUACGCAGGAGAGGUCAACUAUAAUGUCAACGGUUUCCUGGAUAAGAACAACGACUUGCUGAACAGGAAUCUAAAAGAGGUCAUGUGCCAGUCAGAAAACCAGAUCCUAAGUCACUGCUUCCGCAGGGAGGAAGUGAUCGACCAAAAGCGUCCAGAGAUGGCUGCUUCCCAGUUUAAAAACAGCUUGAUGAAGCUAAUGGAGAUCCUCAUGUCUAAAGAGCCGUCCUACGUUCGCUGUAUCAAACCUAAUGAUGCCAAGCAACCAGGACGUUUUGAUGAAGUUCUGGUGAGACACCAGGUGAAAUACUUGGGUCUGAUGGAGAACCUGAGAGUCCGGCGCGCUGGCUUCGCCUAUCGCCGGCGCUUUGAGGCGUUCUUGCAGAGGUACAAGCCCCUGUGUCCUGAGACGUGGCCCAACUGGAACGGAAAACUGGCUGAUGGGGUUUCUGCUUUGGUGAACCACCUGGGCUACAAACCAGAAGAGUACAAACUGGGCAGGUCAAAGAUCUUUAUCCGUUUCCCAAAAACUCUCUUCGCCACAGAAGAUGCCCUAGAGGCAAAAAAACCAGAGAUCGCUGUGACGCUGCAGAAGUCUUGGAGAGGCUACAGGGAAAGAGCCAAUUAUCAGCGCAUCAGACAUGCAGUUAUCGUGAUCCAGUCUGGGUGGCGAGGGAUGAAAGGACGCAGGAGGGCUAAAAAGCGACGAGAGGCAGCUCACUUGAUACGCAGGUUCAUAAAGGGCUUCAUCAACCGUCAUGAGGAGUACUGUGACGACAAUGAUUACUUCCUGGAUCAUGUACGCUGCUCCUUCCUGAAACAUCUGAGGAAAAAUCUCCCCAGGAGCGUUUUGGACAAGAGCUGGCCGACACCUCCUGCUUUGCUUGUUGAGGCCUCUGAGCAUCUCCAAGGGCUUCACAUGCGGAACAUGGUCAUCAAGUACUGCAGGAGAGUUCAACCCGAAUGGAAGAAGCAGAUGAUGCAAAAGGUUGUAGCCAGUGAGAUCUUCAAGGAUCAGAAGGGCAGCUAUCCUCAAAGUGUUGGGAGGCUGUUUCUGGAUACCAGGCUUGAGCGAGAGCAAAUCAGCCUAAAAGUCCUCCAGACUCUCGGGAGUGAAAAAGUGCAGUAUGGAGUCUCCGUCAUAAAGUACGACAGGAGGGGCUUCAAGCCUCGCCUCCGUCAGUUGCUCCUCACCAACUCCUUCGCAGUGUUGGUGGACCGGACCAAGAUCAAGCAGAGGUUGGACUACGCCGCUCUGAGAGGCAUCUUUGUGAGCUCUCUCUGUGACGGGAUGGUUGUUCUGCGCAUGCCGUGCGAGGAUAACAAACAGAAGGGCGACGCUGUGCUGCACUGCAGCCAUGUGAUCGAACUGGUGACCAAACUGGCCAUGAUGGCCAGCAAGACUAACUACGUCAACGUCAGCCCUGGCAGCAUUCGGUUUACCGUGUCCAGAACCAAGGAGGGAAUAAUAGAUUUCAUCAGGGGUUCAGAGUUGAAGGUGGCCAAAGGCAAAAGAGGACAUCUGCUGGUGACCGCUCCUCAGAGCAGCGCCACAUGAAGAUCCUUUAAUCAGCAGGACGAUAGUCAGGAUGGAUGAUGCUGAAGUCGGCAUCAGAUUUGAAGCUUCGUGUUUGGCAUCUAAGGGCUCUUUCACUGCUUUCAGAUAAUCUGCACUGUUUUAAAUCAGCUCUAGCUCAACAUCAAAGUGCUGCUGCAGCACUGUUUACUUAUCAUGCCAUGAACACGUGGAUCUCGGUAAAUUAGAAGAUGAUAAAAACAAAAAGUUGAUUCAACCCUUCAGUUCAACAAGUAAAUCUAAGACGUUUUCAAGACUGACCACAAACAACAAUAUACUCUUAUUGCUUAGGUUAAUUUGAAGGAUUUUUGCUUUUAUGAAAACAUAAGGUUCGGUUUCUCAGAAAAUUGGAUUAUUAAUUACAAAAGGGUUUUUUAUUACAGAAAUGCUACAGCCCGCGCAGUCAUGGGGAUGAGUGCUGACUUGGGAGAGGUCCAGCAAACCAUGUUUAAAAAACCCCCAGGUUCAGCCACAAAAUGUCAUUUCUAAAGAAUCUUGACAUUUGCAAAGGACCGUGUCCACGUAUUAGAAGGUUAAAUGGAGGGGGGGAAAGUGACAUGGAAAAAGGCUUAAUUGAGAAGAUUGUGGGACAAAACUCAGGCAAGAGUUUUGAAUUUUAAAACGUGUAAACAGAGAUUUGAGUGAUUCAAGAACCACUAAACAGAAAUAUCCAGGACAUAAACUAAACGUGUCCUAUUACUGAUGUUGAUUCACUCCUUUCCCAGAGACAUUAGAAAUGCCUUUCAUGGAUGAAAAAUAAAUAAAUAUUGAACAGAUUGCAACAGUUUGCCAUUUGUGAAACAUUUUUUUCUGUUUUUGAUAUUUAGACAACCUUAGGUGAAAGGUGGACUAAAUUUUAAAGUGUUCAGAAAUACUAUUUAUAAAAAAAUCCGAACACAAAUUGUCUUAAAGAGUCUGAAUCAGAGCAGAAUCAUUUAGUACAGACUAAACUUCUCUAAAUGACGGUUUUCAAGAAGAACCCCAUACAAGAUGGUCUAAAUGCCAACAGAACAAGGUUCCACAAAUAAUUGUAAGCAAGUGUAAAACAAUUUGACAAGUGUUUCAGAAUUGAGAAGGUUUGAACACAAGGAAUAAAUGUUUCACAAAUCACAAAUUGUGUUUCUGAUAAUCUGGAAUUAGUCUAGAAUAAUCCAGUCUGAACUAAAAAAGAUGCAGUUUCAAGCACAAACACGGUGGUGGUUGCAAAGGGCCCAAACGCAGAAAAAACACAGAGGCAGAAGUGAAGCAAAAAGAAAACCAGCAAAAAGCAAUGAAAACCAGUGAGUUCAUGUGCUGAGGCAACAGUGGAGAAAGACACGGGGUGUAAGCGUGGUAGUCAAAGAGUAAGGAACGGCUGUGGAAGAGAGCAAACAGGCAGACUGAGGGAAGAAGAAGAAGAAGAAUGACACAAAAUGAGACUAAAUUGAGACCCAAAUAAAGUACAAACCCAGGGGGAAAGACCAGACCGAAAUCCAAGAGAAAUAAAUCCAAAUGCACAAAGAACACAAGAAUUUACAAAGAAAUUAAACACAAAGAAACUAAACACAAUAUGGCAAACUGAUAGUAACAAUAAUAACUACAUCUGGCAAGACCUUUUUCUAACAGUAAUAAACCCAGAGGUAAUUAGAGAUGAACACAAAGAAAACCAAAAUUACACAUGGGGUUGUACGAGAUUUUCACUGUGAGUAAAAAUAUCACGUUGUCACAAUAUUAAAAGUAAAAUGUGAGAUAUUGUGUAAUUGCUUUUAUGUGAAAAUACAAUUAUUUGUACUGUUGCUAAAUUAACAUAAAAUCUGCUUUUUCUUAUUUUAAUAAUGUUAUGUGCACCAUUUAUUUAAUGUUAUUUUGAUUUUAAUACUAAAAAACAUAUGAUAAAUACUGUUGACUUGUAACAGAAAUGCUUCUUAUGGCACUCGCGCUAAAAUAGUUUCUCUUAUCUUAAUAAAAGUGAUGCACUGCAUCCACACUGCUGUUUUUUUUAAUAGUUUUCACAAUAUAUAGCAUUUAUCGGUGUUUUUUUCAAAACCAGAAUUACUUUCAAGCAGCCAAAUUUGCCUUUCUUGUAACCAAGAAAGACGUGUGGGAAGGGAGGGUCAACACUACAAAAUGCUAAAUAAAACUGAUAAUUUUCUCUCAAUAAAAGCACUUCAAAAUGCUGGAGCAUCUCUUUAAAAAUCAAUAUCUUGGUACCGGUAACUUGCCAAUGCUUUGUUGCAUCAAUAAAUAAUUUAAAUACAAGUGUCUCAAAUCAGAACCUUAUGUGUAAUAAUUGAACCGAGUUUUGACCAUUUUAAUUGUUUUUAGAUCUUGAACUUGAGCUGAGCAACUUUCGUCUAGAUUUUUUUAAAGUAGUGAAAUGACCCUUUACUCAAAUGUCAGAUCGGACAUUAUAACCAAGACUGAAGGACUAUGACUCCAAACCUUUCAUAGCUGUUGGUUUGGAGCUGCCUGAAAGUAUGAAACAUGUCUUAUGUUAUACAUUGACUUACAGCAACUACUAUUAACUAUUUAAGUGUUAGAAACAUGAAGUCUUCACUGUUUUUCUCAGUACAUUUAUUGAAACCCUUCAGCAACACUGUUCAGUACAAAAUACGUUCUGUAAAACUCUGUUUCUCUACUCAUGAAAUGUUCAAAUAAACCACUUUAAAAAUAAA